ACACACACACACAGAGACAGACCCUCCAGUCAAUAUCGGAAUAACUGUCUUCCAUUUCGGCGGCCUAAUACCAUUUAUACUAUUUUCCCUCUCAAUUUCCCCCAAAAGGCUUUAAUCUCUUGUGUAAUUACAAGAUCUUGAUCAUCAUAUCAUUUGAUAACCUGAAUUAGCUUGAAUCCGGUGUAGGUUUACCGAGAUUGAAUGAUAAGAUAUAUCAUAUAUCUAAAGGGUUUGUGUAGCUAUUUCUAGUGUGAGAUCUGACUGAUUAUUUCAUGGCGGAGGGUCGUCGUUAUGCGCUUGGUGCUCAGUUGGAUAUUGAACAAAUACUUUCAGAAGCACAGCAUCGAUGGCUACGGCCUGCAGAAAUAUGUGAAAUUCUUCGAAAUUAUACGAAGUUCCGGAUUGCAUCAGAACCAGGAAACAGGCCUCCAAAUGGUUCACUUUUUCUGUUUGACCGGAAGGUGUUAAGGUAUUUCAGAAAAGAUGGACAUAACUGGAGGAAGAAAAAAGAUGGGAAAACGGUUAAGGAAGCUCAUGAAAGGCUCAAAGCUGGAAGCAUUGAUGUGUUGCACUGCUAUUAUGCUCAUGGAGAAGAGGAUGAAAAUUUUCAGAGACGCAGCUAUUGGUUGCUUGAAGAGGAGCUGUCACAUAUUGUCCUAGUCCACUACCGUGAAGUAAAGGGAAAUAGGACAAACACAAAUCGCAUUAGAGAGGUUGGAGAAGCUACUCCCAACUCCUUGGAAAGUGAAGAGAACAUAUCUAGUUCUGAGGUGGAUGGUUCUGUGUCUUCUAAGUUUAGCACAUAUAAUUACCCAGUGGCUUCACAAACUACUGACAACAGCACACAGGCCUCAGAGUAUGAAGAUGCCGAGUCAGCAUAUUCUCACCAAUCUACUUCCAGAUAUAGUUCUGUCGUCAACUUGCAACCAUCAGUGACUGCAAAGACAGAUGAUCAUCUCUCUAUGCCUUACUAUCCAGUUCCUUCCUCAAAUGAUUAUGAUGGAAAGUUUCAAGCAAAUCCCGAUAUGAGUUUCGUUUCACUCAUGCAAGGGGAUAGAGGUGAGAACAAUCUUGAUGCUGAUCUGACGUAUAAAUCCCAGAAGCAUCUUGAUCUGCCUUCCUGGGACAAUUGCUUUGAAACCCAAGCUGCAGGAAGUCAGCCUGCUAGCUACCAGCCAACACAUCUCUCAACUCAGUCUUAUAAUGCAAGUAUCUUACCUGGACGGGGUAACGAGAUGCUGCGUCAGGUUAUGGCAGAUGGAUUUGAUAAAGUGCAGGAGUUCAGGGGAAAUUCUGGGUGGCAGCUUGAUGCAGAGUAUAAUGUUCCCUCUAGGUUUCAAGGAGAAGUUAGUUAUGCAGAAAUAUUCAAUUCCUUUGAGACUACCAUUGCUGUUGACGAGUCUAAGCCUCUUGCACAAGGCAACCUUGAGUUACAUUUUGCAAAUGAAGAUGGUUGGAAAUCUGUAAAACCAAAUCUGGAGGGUAAUCCAACUCUAGAUGACAAAUCUGUUUCUAUGAAACCACCAUUCUUGGAAGGCUUUAUGAAAGAAGGUCUUAAGAAGCUUGACAGCUUCGACCGCUGGAUGAGCAAAGAACUUGGAGAUGUAAAGGAGUCACAAACCCAAUCCACUUCUGGGACGUAUUGGGAAGCUGUUGAAAGUGAGAAUGGAGUUGAUGAUUCCAUUAUUAGUCCACAAGUGCACUUGGACAGUUAUGUGUUGGGACCGUCUCUCUCCCAGGACCAGCUGUUCAGCAUUAUUGACUUUUCUCCGAACUGUGCAUAUGCUGGGUCCAAAAUCAAGGUUUUAAUAACGGGUAGGUUUCUAAGGAGUCAACAAGAAUUGCAGCAUUGUGAAUGGGCAUGCAUGUUCGGAGAAGUGGAAGUCCGUGCAGAGGUUGUAGCUGAUGGUGUUCUCCGUUGUCAUACACCCGAGCACAUGCCUGGAAGGGUGCAUUUUUAUGUAACAUGUUCCAAUAGGCUUGCAUGCAGUGAAGUACGAGAAUUUGAAUUCCAAGUUAAUGAGAAUCAGGAUAUGGAUGCUCCAGAUAUGAUUGGUGACAACUCCAAUGAGAUGCUUCUUCACAUGCGAUUUGUGAAGCUAUUAUCACUUGGAUCUGGCGCUGCCCAAAAUUCUUUCCCUAGAGUGAAUGAUCCUGAGCUGAUGAACCAACUUAGUUCAUUAAUUCAGGAGGACAACAGUGAGUGGGACCAAAUGUUAAAGCUUACUUCAGAAGAGGAAUUCUCCUCAGAAAAAGCCAGGAAUCAACUAUUUCAAAAGCUACUCAAAGAGAAGCUAUAUGCGUGGCUUCUUCACAAGAUCGCAGAAGGUGGAAAAGGUCCUAGUGUGUUAGAUGAAGGUGGGCAAGGUGUGCUGCAUUUUGCAGGUGCCCUUGGCUAUGAUUGGGCUAUUGCACCCACAGUUGCUGCAGGUGUUAGCAUUAACUUCCGAGAUGUGAAUGGCUGGACAGCCCUCCAUUGGGCUGCAAAUUGUGGCAGAGAGCGCACAGUGGCUUUCCUCAUUUCACAAGAUGCAGCAGCUGGAGCACUAACGGAUCCUACUCCAAGAUAUCCAUCAGGUAGAACGCCUGCAGACCUAGCUUCCAGCAAUGGAGACAAAGGAAUCGCAGGUUAUUGUGCUGAAGCUGCCUUAAGUACCCACUUUAAACUUAUUGGGUUAAAGGAUCCCAAGGAGGGUGAUGGUGGGCAUAUUUCUGGUUCAAAAGUUGUACAAACAGUCUCGGAAAGGACUCCAACUCCAGUGAGUCAUGGGGAUAUGACUCAAGGAUUGUCAUUAAAGGACUCACUAGCUGCUGUUUGUAAUGCUACUCAAGCUGCUGCUCGAAUUCAUCAAGUCUUUAGGGUGCAGUCCUUCCAAAAGAAGCAGCUAAAAGAGCAUGGUGGUAAUGAGUUUGGAAUGUCAGAUGAGCGUGCCCUCUCACUUCUUGCCUUAAAAACAGCCAGGACAGGACAACAUGAUGAGUCAGGACAUGCUGCUGCAGUGCGGAUACAAAAUAAGUUCCGAAGUUGGAAAGGGAGAAAAGAUUUUCUGAUAAUGAGGCAAAGAAUUGUCAAAAUUCAGGCACAUGUCAGAGGGCAUCAAGUGAGGAAGAACUACAGAAAGAUAGUGUGGUCGGUGGGAAUAUUGGACAAGGUAAUUUUGCGGUGGAGGCGUAAGGGAAGUGGUUUGCGAGGAUUUAAGCCUGAACCAAUUGCUGAAGGUAGCACCACAGUUGCUAAACCAUCAAAGGAGGAUGAUGACGAUUUUUUCAAAGAAGGCAGGAAGCAAACUGAGCAAAGGUUGCAAAAGGCUCUUGCAAGAGUCAAGUCUAUGGUUCAGUAUCCUGAGGCAAGAGAUCAAUACCGUAGAUUGCUGAAUGUUGUCAGUGACAUGCAGGAAAGUAAGGCUGUGUAUGAUAAGGCUCUAGAGAAUUCAGAAGAAGCUGUCGACUUUGAUGAGGAUUUGAUUGAUCUUGACGCGUUGCUGGAUGACGAUGAUGAUGCCCUUAUGACCAUCUAAGCUUAUUGCUUUGUUGAGUCUGUUUCUAGUGUGCCAUAUGCCUUCCUUUAGAUACAAAGAAAGCUUUAUUUUGUAAAUGCUAUAAUUUGUUUGAUUUAAAGUGGGUCUUGGACUUGGACUUGGACUUGUGUUAAGGUAGGAAACAGUGUUAUCUUUGUACAUUAUAUGCUUCUUACCAUGUACUAAACGAAAUACUUUUGACUUGGCUCCAAACUAAUAUUAUUACUAGAAAAAUUAGUAC